AUGGAUGUAAAGAGAUUACAGAAAACAACAAAAAAAAAACAAUAUGAAGAUCUAUUGACAUUUGUUCAAAGAAACAAAGUUAUAGCAGGAACUUUUAGGAGUAAUCCAAGUGACUACACAAAAAUGUAUAAAUUAUGGGCGGAAUUUGUUAAAAACAUCAAUUCUCUGGGAUAUGGACCCACAAAACGGCGAAACAGUGGCAUCUUUACGGAAUGGAAACAAAAUAUCCGAAGAAAAUCAAGAGAUAUAAAAAAAGAACAAAUAAGAACUGGUGGUGGUCCUUCUAAAACAAAAAGCCUAACAGAUUUAGAAGAAAGAUUAUUGUCACUAAUUGAAUUAGUACACUUAGGCCAUAAUGAAGUGUUGGAUUCUAUGGGUAGAACUGAAGUUCCCCUAAUUGAAAAUGAGCAAGAAGAAGUAUCUACAUAUAAUGUAGGAACGUCCCUUGUAGAUGAACUGGAAAAUGUAUCUACUGUUUUAUUAGAACAUAAUUAUCAACUCCAGGAAACUAUAAUUUCACAACAAAAUUAA